AUGAAUUUUGUGCGUUGCAGUUUUGCAGUCUCAUACCUGGUCUCUCUUGCGAUCGCACCCAUUCCUCCAUCAGUUCAAUCGAUUGAUCCCCGAGCAGCGUCGCCGAACACCACUCUCACACCAAUCGUUGUUCCUGUCAGCCAGUACUUUGAUGGCGACGAUGGCGAGUGGAGCACGAUCAUUAUCCGUGUUGGAAACCCGGAGCAAAGUGUGAGAGUUUUUGUAUCCACGAACUCACCGAUAACUGGUGUUGUGGAACCUGGAGGGUGUGAAAUUGAGGCAAUUCCCAGAGGAGUACCCGAUGAUUGUGCCAACUCUAGAGGACGCACGUUCAACAGUAACUCGUCUUUAAGCUGGUUUUGGCAAGGCCAAUCCACGCUCAAUGGGGGUAAUGGCGUAGGCUUCGAAGCGAACUUAGGGUACGACUUUUAUCUUGAUUAUGGCCAAGACACCAUAGCACUAGGCUUUCAGGAUGGUCCCGAUUCUGUAAGGUUGACGAAUCAGACAGUCGCAGCUUAUACUCGGCCAAGACCUCUCUAUGUGGGCUUCUUCGGUAUUGGAACCGAGCGUGUAAUUUAUGGAAAUUUUGGUAACUACUCGGGGCCUUCGUUCUUCAAACAGCUGGCGAUUGACCGUAAGAUCCCCAGCCUAAGUUGGAGCUAUACUGCUGGGGCAAGAUAUCAACUGGCUGGAGGUCAAUACAUGCAGCUGAUAUUUGGUGGGUACGAUACCUCGCGCUUUAUACCCAAUAACGUCCGCUUUACACUUGGCGCCGAUGUCACUAGAGAUAUUGUCGUUGGUGUUCAGUCCAUCUUGUUCACUGGAACAAAUACUACACCGCUAUUGCGGAGUCCAAUAUACGCAUUCGUGGAGUCAACUGAUCCUAAUAUAUGGCUGCCUAUGGAGGCGUGCCUGUUGUUUGAAAAAGCAUUCGGUUUAACUUGGGACAACUCGACUUCCAAAUAUCUACUAAGCGACAACCAAUAUAACGUUCUAUCGAAAUCAGAUCCGAAGGUGACCUUUCGGCUUGCGGUCAGUACAGUUGGAGGCACGACAGCUGACAUCACACUGCCAUUUCGGGCUUUUGCACUUCGUGCAAAGUACCCUUACGUUCAAAACGCUACCUAUUAUUUCCCUCUUCAAAGAGCUAACGACUCUUCACAAUACACUCUGGGACGAGCGUUUCUCCAAGAAGCUUACUUGACCGUCGAUUAUGACCGGAGGAAUUUUACUCUGAGUCAAUGUAUAUUUAAUCAAGGAGCGACUCCCGAUAUUCUUCCAAUCUAUAGUCCAACAACCAACAACGGAAGUGGAAAUGGAACCGAAGACGUAUCGAAUGCAUCCACUCGUAACUCGCAAGGACGACAUACAACCACCAUAGUCGCUUCGGUCGUUGUUUCCGUUCUUGUGAUUAUUGGUGGCGUAGGCUUGUGGCUCUGGAAGAAACGAAAGGAUAAGAAGAAAAGGGAUUCAGAUCAAACCCCCGCACGGGCAACGGGACCAGCGGCGCCAGUAGAACAGGGACCGGUCGAAAAUAUUGACCUAAAAGGAUACUAUAAGCCUGAACUAGAUAAUAGAGGUGAACUGUAUGAGGUUCCGGGGACAAUCGUGGAUGCUUCAGACGACAUAGGACCAGCAGAACUCCACGGCCACGGUGCAGCACACGAGCUCGUUGGCAGUCCUGUUGAACGCACUAGGGAUUCGGAAGCUAUGUAUCGAAGAGUCUCAAGCCCUCUACCAAGAGCGCUUGAGCGGAAAGCUGUGUCUGCUCCCGUGAGUCCGUUAUCACCACCAAUACCGCAAUCAUCUUUUAGACAAGGGCGUUAA